UUGCGAGAAAAAUCACAAAUUUAUAAUUAAAUGGCGCCAUUUAAACGGGUACGCCAACCAAAAAUAACAACACAGGCGUUGCUUGAUUUCGAUUUGGGCGAAAGUUCAUCGGACAGCGAUUUUCUGCCCGACAUUGACAACUGUUCGGAUGGAUCAAAGGACGAAAGCGACGGCGACGGCGACAGCAGCGACGCCAGCAGCAGCAGCAGCGACAGCAGCGAUAGCGAUGCAAAUGCAAAUUCCGGCGAUGAAAGCGAAGAUUCGACGCUGCAGCUGCGUCAGCUGCUAGCUGAGAAUAAUGCACAGCAGGAGGCCGCCGCAGCAGUAGUUGCCGCCGCACCCGUUGCCCCCGCCCCACGUGUGAAUGGUUUCAACAUCGAGCCGGUAGCGCCGCCAAAGCGGAUGUGCUGCGUGUGCCUGGGCGAGCGCAGCGACGAUGUGAACGAGAUUGUCGAAUGCGAUGCCUGUGGCGUCUCCGUGCACGAGGGCUGCUACGGUGUCAGCGACAAUGUUAGCAUCUCCAGUACAAACUCUACCUGCUCCACGGAGCCCUGGUUCUGUGAGGCAUGCCGUGCGGGUGUCUCGGAGCCGGACUGUGAGCUCUGCCCGAACAAGGGCGGCAUUUACAAGGAGACAGAUGUGGGCAAAUGGGUGCACCUGAUAUGCGCACUGUAUGUGCCGGGCGUGGCAUUUGGCGAGGUGGAACAGCUCAGCUCGGUGACGCUCUUCGAGAUGCAGUACAGCAAAUGGGGCGCCAAGCUGUGCUCCCUGUGCGACAAUGCGCUCUUUGCGCGAACGGGUGUCUGCAUUGGCUGCGAUGCGGGCAUGUGCAAGACGUAUUUCCAUGUGACGUGCGCACAGGUCGCCGGCUAUCUGAUUGAGGCACAUCAUGAGGAUGAUGCAGCGGAUCCGUUUUAUGCCCACUGCAAGGUGCACUCGGAAAAGGAGAUGAUUAAGAAACGUCGUCGCAACUAUCAUACGCUGCGGCUAAACAUGCUGCAGCAGGCCAAGCAGCGGGCGCUGCUCCAGCAGCAGCUGAUCGAGGCUAAUCCCAAUCCAGCCCAGGCGCGCAUACAACGCAAGCUCCUGAAGAUUCAGCACAAAUACGCGCAGCACAAACAGCUCAAGCCAACGCCGUGGGUGCCCACGCAAAAGAUGUCACGUCUGCUGACCAGUUCCGCCUCCGCUUGCCGGCGUCUGCUGGCCAAGGCGGAGUUCAUGGCCGUGGAUGUGCAGCAUCUGGAGCAGCGCGAGGCGAACAUUCAGGCCUUGCAGGACAUACGCAAAAAAUGGCAUAUAGCGCCCGCAUUUAGCGUUGAAUUCACAGCCUACUAUAUGGAUCGCAUAGUGCGCAUGUCGGAGUUCAAGCAGCAGCAACAGCAGCUCCUGCAGCACAAUUCCGCGCUUAGCCAGGCGCAGGAUGUGCUGCGCGCCAAAUAUGACAGCGCGCUGGAGGAACGCAAACAUGUUAAAGCCCAGCGCGAUGCACUGAUCGCGUCUAUCAAAGCGCUGCACAACAGCCUGGCGCAGCUGUCGCCUGGCCUCAGCGCUGGCCUGCCCCAUGUGGAGCUGAUUGCACGCCCGCUGCCGGAGCAGCUGCCCAAAUUGGCGACGACGCCGCCAACGCCGACGCAACGGCCCAUUUCGGUGCCGACAGCGGCAGCGCUUAAAAUGGGCGUUGGCUUUCCGCUCGCCCAUCUGGGCAACAAGCUGGACAACUCCCGUCAGCUGAGCACCCAGCAAUCCCAGCUGCAUACCAGCAAGGCGGCGACAAUUGUGCCCGCCGUCAGCUGCGGCAUAUGCAAGCGCAACAACGAUCAGCAUCUGCUGGUCAAGUGCGACACCUGCAAUCUGCAUUAUCAUUUGGGUUGCUUGAAUCCGCCGCUGACGCGUCCGCCCAAGAAAUCGAAACAGUAUGGCUGGCAGUGCUCCGAGUGCUGUGACAAGUCGGAUGUAUCCGAUGCGGUCACCGAAAUCUCACCGGGUCCGCGCAAAUCGCGCACGCGCUUCAACAAGGACGGGCAUUUGGUCUAUGUCGAACGCUACUCGCUGGACGAUUUGCCCAAGGAGACGCCACAGCAGCUGAAGCGUGCGCUCAACAAAACGCUGCCCGCUGCUCUCGACGCUGGCGAGGAUCUGGCCAAGUCGCCGAAGCGCAGCAAGCUGCAGUCGCCGCGCAAGACGCCCGUGAAUGUGCAAGCCGCAGUGGCCCACAUGGAGCUGACGUUGCCACAAGCAGUCGCCACCGUUGCGCAUUUGUCCGGCUGCGAGGACUCCAUCGACGACUCCAGUGGCAAGCAGUCGUCGCGCAAGGGCAAGCGCAAGGAUAAGCACAAAAACAAGCACAAUUUGUCAUCGGAUACGGAAAAGUCCUUCAACAAGGAACACAAGCGCAAGCGCAAAAAGCGCGCACAUGCCGAUGAGAGCAGCGCCUUGGACAAUGCCAACUCCGGGCGACCCAUUAAGAUUAUCUUCAAGACGCUGCGUUUGCCCGGCGAAGAUGCGCCCGAAUCGCGCAGUUUUUAUGUGCCCGCCAAUGCGGUGCGCUCCGUGGACGAAGCGUCCCGACCCACCUCCGUGGAGACUGUCGAGGAUGUCAUACAGCCGGAGCAGCCCGCCACCACGCCCAUUGUCCUGGUGUCCACAGUAAUAACGCCACAUGCUGCCAUAAGUACGCCACAAAAGGCCAAGGAGACGGCAUCGCCACAGCGCAAGGUUAGCCCACGGAAGUCGACGGCGCGCAAACAGCGUGUGGGCAGGCCACGCGUCUCCAAUCCCAAGGUUAAUGUGGAAAUCAAUUGUUGUGUCUGCACACAAACCGGCAAGGCCAAUCAGGUUGUGACCUGUGAUGAGUGCCAUAAGCACUAUCACUUCGCGUGCCUCGAGCCGCCGCUCAAGAAAUCGCCCAAAAUACGCGGCUACUCCUGGCACUGUGCCGACUGUGAUCCCACGGACGAGGAGGCACUGCCAAAAAAAUAGUUCUUACCAAUUAACUAAUUAGUUUUCUACGUAUACAAAUAUUAUUUAUGAUUAGGUUUUUCCACACAGCCCAAGUAUUUACGAUUUUUAAAUGUCACUACUUUGUAAGCUAGAAAUUGAAUGGUCGGAACGAUAAUGUCUAGCCAGAAUUGUAACUAUAUAUAUUCAUAUUCAUUAUCAUAAUUCUUUGACUGCCCCACACUAUGCCUAUUGACUAUCAUAAUAAA